UCUACAAAAUGGUGAACGAUCGCCGCUGCAUGCCGUACUUGCAGUGUGCGGUGCUGCGUCAACAACGUGCAUUGUCGUUCUCGCUUUGGGUGAAGGAGUAGCCUAUCGUUAUACAUAACAUGUCCUUCCUUCAUGUACACAAGAUGUGAAACAAACCACUGUUGACACUUGACUCGGAACCAUGUCAUGUUUCCGACACACUGAAAACUGCCUAGUUCAGCGGUACAGCACGUGUAGGCCUAGGGCGGCGCGGCCUGCUCUGUCUGUACGUACACAUACGCCGUAAGCUCAGUCAAUGUCAGCCUGGUCGAUCGUCAGUGUCCAGCGCAGGCAGGAACAUGUUCCUUCCUCCAUGGCAGGAAUGACACAUGACAUCCAUGUUAUGAAUGACGAUGACGUAGAAUGAACAUGAUGAAUGAAUCAGUGGCCCCGAUAAAUGACGAUCAAAGAACAAUGGAUGCCCAACUUGAUUUCUUACCAAGAAAUCUCAGGGACAGUUUGCUGCAUUUUCAAAAAGAAGGAAUAUUGUACGCUCUACAGAGGAAAGGAAGAUGCCUUUUUGGAGAUGAAAUGGGCCUUGGAAAAACAAUUCAAGCUAUCAGCGUGGCCUACUACUACAAGGCGGAGUGGCCCUUGCUCAUUGUGGUGCCAUCCUCCAUGCGUUAUCCAUGGAUUGAGGAGUUGGAGCGCUGGUUACCAGACCUCCAGCCCAGAGAUAUGAACUUGAUCAUGAGUGGGAGUGAUGUUAGGAACAUAGCCAGAUGCAAGGUUUCCUUGGUCGGGUAUGGAUUGUUACGCAACGACAGCAAGACCCUGGUGCAAGCACUGACUGACCAGGCUUUCCGCGUGGUGAUCGUGGACGAAUCCCAUUACAUGAAGAACAGGAAGGCAGCCCGCACCAAGGUGUUGGUACCCCUCUUGCAGGCAGCCAAGAGGGUCAUGCUGCUGACUGGUACCCCAGCUCUAGCCAGACCGGCAGAGCUGUUUACACAGAUUGAUAGCGUGCAGAAGGGGCUUAUGGGUAGCUUCUCGCAGUUUGCCAAGCGAUACUGCAACGCUCACUGGAGGCAGCUGGGCAGGCAAAGAAUGUGGGAUACAUCAGGUGCUUCAAAUCUGGACGAGUUACACAAACAGUUGGUGAAAUCAGUCAUGAUACGCAGAGAGAAAAAACAGGUAUUGACUCAGCUUCCACCCAAAAGAAGACAGAAGGUUCCAUUUGAGUUAGCAGACUCUGACGAGAAAAAGGAACUUGAAAAAUGCUGGACUGAACUGGACAAAAUCAUCAAUCCUGCAUCAGAUCCUAUGGAAGAAAUUCACAACACAGGCUUUGAAGUCAAGAAACUAGCCACACAGAUGUACACCCUCACAGGGAAAGCUAAGAUAGGAGCUGUAUGUGAGUAUGUGAAGAUGCUUCUAGAGAACCAGGGCCUGAAGUUCCUGGUUUUUGCUCAUCACAAGGAGGUCUUGACAGCCUUGGCCCAGACGGUAGCAGCGUAUGCCAAGGAGCACAAGAUGCCUCUCAAGUAUAUCAGGAUCGAUGGAGAUGUACCAAGCAGUGAAAGAAUGCAACUGGUACAUCAGUUCCAGAAUGACAGUAACACCAGAGUGGCUUUACUGAGUAUCUUGGCUGCUGGAACUGGCUUGACGUUGACUGCAGCCAGCCAAGUUGUGUUUGCCGAGCUGCACUGGACGCCGGGAAUCUUAGAGCAAUGCGAGGACCGAGCCCACCGCAUUGGCCAACAGAAUGCCAUCCAUGUCCACUAUCUGGUUGCCAGGGGCACCAUCGAUGAAUGGCUGUGGUCUGCCCUGUCGAGGAAGGUGAACGUGUUGAGCAACACCCUGAAUGGCCGGGUCCAGCAUCUGAGGAUGGAGGAGAAGGGCGGGGACGAGGUGGCAUUCCUCAAACAUGCUGCGGCUUGGCUGCCAAGCAACCGAGACUUGCAAGACGACGAAAGUUUUUACUUCGCCAGCAAGAAAACAAGUCAUGACAUCCGCACAUUUUUCACGCCCGGCCAUACCGAGAGCACGAAGAAGAGGAAACGUGACCACCUGUCAUCGAGCAGACCGGCAGAAACGCCACCGAACCCGCACAGAGUAGAGAGCAUCUCCAUCGAUGAGGAUGAUGAUGACUUCCGAGGGAUCAAGAAACACAGGCCAUCCAGUGACCUGAGUCCCAAGGAACUGUUUGCUGCAGAUGCUCAACUCAGCAAUAAGACUUUCUGCAUGAUGCCAGGCCCUGGGAAAUUUGAGAAAUCAACCACCGUUGACAAAUCCACUGCUACUGGUAAAGAUUCAGGCCUUGCACAUUUUGUUGACGACCUGCCGGAGAUGAGAAGCAAUAAGAAACGUCGGGGAAACCAAAGAGGUAAGACUGAACUCGCAGUCGUAGAGUUUGAAAAGAAUAGGCUUUCUGACAGCGAUACUGAGAUGGAUGACCAGACCACAUCCUCUCGGAACAGCAACCAGUCAAGUAGGGAGCAGUGUAUGCCCAGUUCUUUCGAGGACAAGGAAAAGCAGAACACCGUGAAGGAGCUUGACGCAAAUGACAGCUGGAGUUGCUGCGCGUGCACCUUUGAGAAUCAUGCCGAUUUGCCUUUCUGUGAAAUUUGCAGCACACCCAGGAAGACCACAAGAUGUCGAUCUUCAAAAUCAGCAAGAAGAAAUCUCUGCACGGAAAGGGCCAGUGGACAGUGUGGCAGUAUAAAAAAAGAAAGAGCAUCCCAGUCCAAAAACUAUUCACCAACAACUCGUAGACAUACUACAUUAGAUAUGUUAAACCAAGAAAGCAGUUCCAUAAGACUGACAGACCUGGAUAAAAGUGCUGUAUGUAACAGUGUAACGAAGUCCCCUAGCUUGGUAGAAAAUACUUCACAUGCACUGGACGGGGACACUGACAGUGACAACUCUGUGAGCUCUGAUUCUGAGGCUACAGUAUUUUAUGACUUUCAUAGAGAGCCCGAUUGCAUCUCAUCUGACACUAGAGGUGAACAGUCAUCUAAAAAGGAGAGUACAGUCAAAUGUUUCAAACCAAAGGAAGAGGCAGUUGGUGACUGCAAUCUUGCGGAAGAAUUAAAAUCAUCCAGCAGUGACACUGCUGUUGGUUCUGAAUCAAGCACAACCAGGGAGAACUGGACCUGUGAUGAUCGUUACUGCAGACACAUCAACUCUGCCUAUGAUGAUCAGUGUGAGGUGUGUUACAAGACCAGACCCGCAUCAAAACCAUCAAGAAAAGAUGUUUGCCUGGAUGCUGAAUCGAGUGCGGCGGAGGAGAACUGGACGUGUGACGAUCCUUUUUGUGGGUACCUCAACUCUGCCUCUGAUGAUCAGUGCGAGGCCUGCUGGAGCCCCAGACCAAAGGAACUCUCCGACGCACGCUCUGUGAGUAACACCCAGCUGCCGGGUUUCAUCAGAGCUUCUCAGAUGAAUCUGGUGCAGUCACCCGGGAACAAAGACGAUGCGUCAGUGCCAGAACCUGAGCAGGGCUGGCCUUACAAUAACCGAGACGAAGGGGACACGGGUACCGACUCCAGUCAGACCGAACCGGAGGAGGAACCUGUCCUGUAUGAUUCUUUCCUCUACUGCCCCAGCAAACAUACCGACAGAAUCUAUCUGUAUGAUCAGGAUGGGAAUGCCCUCAACUGUAGCUUCCAAGCCAUUGAUCUCCAACACCGAGAUCUGGACGCACUGCCAAAGAUCCUUCACAGUCAGCACAACAUGCACAUAUCGCUGCGCUUCCUCAAAGAGUGGAAUAGUUUGAAUGAUGUUAAGCGGAAACAGCUGAGAAAGAUGGGUGAGUUGUUUGACCGUCCGUUGGCAGCAUUGGAAGCAUUAAAGCAAGGACAACAUUACCAGCCCUGCACCAAGAGAUUCAUCACCAAAGUUGACUUGGCAGAAGCAGCUAGGCAGAAGGCCCAGUCGCUUGGUGGAAGCUUGAGAGUGAUAUCCAGACCAGCCACUAAGACAGCCAAGAGAAGAGCCCACAACCGACAUGGCGAUCAGAGCUUGGCAGAUGGUGAGAAGUCCCACCAAGGUCUGAAGUCUUCAGUUGAGCAGGAAAAACGUAGUUGGUGGUCAGACGACAACGGAGCAUCUGUGAAGAGGGGAACUUACAUUCAGGCCGUCGAUGGUGAAGGACGCCCUCUCUGCGUAUUUUGCGGCAACGUGACAGCACCCAGCACCACAGCGCAUCAGGGUGCAGCAUGGGACAUGCGAUAUUGCUCGGAAAAGUGUAAAGAUGAGCACAGCCUUCGCUGGAAGAACACCAAAUAUGUACGGCAGCAGUUGCUGGAAGCAGAGCAUGGUAUCUGCCAGAUAUGUGGAUUGGAAGCCCAACAACUUUGCAAUAUUAUCAAAGACGCAGCCAAGGGUGAACGGAAGGAGUUGCUGCAGGGUAGCCCUCUGAGUAAGCUGUCAAAGCAAAGGUUGAACGACAUCAUACGCAAUCCGUCCUCCGGCCAGUUUUGGCAUGCAGAUCACAUUGUUGCUGUGCACCAAGGCGGUGGGCUGUGCUCAUUGGAUAACUACCGCACACUUUGCGUCCUGUGUCAUGAUGAGGUCACUGCCAAACAGAAUACAAAACGAAGGAACCGUGACCGGGCUGCAGGCAUCCCGGACAUUCGCUCCUUUUUUAAUCCUUGAAACCCCCCCUCCACCAAAAAAAUAGAAACCUGAUUUUUAUGAAAUUUUGUAAAGGUUCCUUGAGGAUUUAGUGCUUUGAUUCACGUAGCUUACAUACUAUGAUGUAUUGCAAUAUAAAACAAGGUUUGGAAUGUCAUGAAAUGCUGCACGUGGAUGUUCUCUGAUCCGCCUUUCAUAUCCCUAUUCUCCUCCCCCAAUUUCAAUCCCACCCUAACCCCCCCUUCCACCCACACACUGUACCAUUCCCACACUGAAUCAUUUGAGAUUUUUGUGUUUAACGAUUUGUAAUCUUGAGUCAUUUUUACACAAGUGUUUUGAUCAGGAACUGUAUCGUCACAGCAUUUUUUUAGUGUUUAAGGUUCCAUAACCUACGUGCAUGCCUUGAUCUUCUUCCACUGUUAUCUUUGAAAUUACUGGCUGUACAUUAAGGCCAAUUCUUUUAUGUCACCGUCUUCAAUUUACCAUUCUUGUACUUUUGGCACACUUUUUUUGUAUUUCAAAGUGUUAUGUCAAACUCACAACUGUUUCCAAAGUUCAAAGUAUCGUUACCCUUAAAGUCAUAAGAAUUCUACAAACCUUUCAGUUACAUGGAUUUUGUCUUAGUUAUCUGCCUGAACACUCUGAUCUGGCCAAGUACAGAGUCGGUGAUACACAGUGACUUGAAAGUGUAGGGAGGGGAUGAUUACAUUGGUAAUCCCUCCCCCCCAAAAAAA